AUGCUCGGUUCGUCGAUGGUUUCGACUGGGAUGACCCGUCGCAGUGCUGAUUCAGUUUUGGACGCCAAGGCUGCGAAUAGCGUCCAUGCGAUCGUCUUUUGUGUCGUAGUCACCGCUGAAUUGUUUAGCGACGAGCUGAGAGUCACAGAAUGCAUGAACGUGUUCUGCUCCGACUGCUUCGGCGAGACGAAGCCCGGCAAUAAUUGCUUCGUAUUCGGCUUCGUUGUUGGACGCUGGGAAACCGAGUUUGAGCGAUUGUUCGAGAAUCUCGCCUGUCGGGGAGACGAGGCGGAUGCCGACGCCUGCUCCUUGCCUGGAGGAUUAUCCGUCGACAUGCAGGUUCCAUUUGAGGAUUUGCUCGUCCUCUUGAGUUGCGAGCUCAGGCGGGAUUUCUACGAUGAAGUCGGCUAG